AAUUUUUUCAAUCCAGUCCCUUUUUCAACCCCAAGUCUUCAACGAGAAGAGAGAGAAAACACAGACAGAGAGGGGCUUCGUUAAGAGGAAACAAAAACAGAAACCCUAAGAAAGAGAGAGAAAGAAGAAAGUAUCUAUUCGAUUCUUCUCCUUUUCCAAUUGCAUUUCAAGAUCUCAAUUUUUCAAUCCACAAAAGGGACUGGUGCUUAUUUGGCUAUGGCAAAUUCUAAGGGGUCGUCAAACGUUAGAAAUUUGAUGUAUUCUGGAAAGCAUGCUUUACUUCCUCCAAGGAUUCCAUUUCCUAGUGUUACUCCAUCAUAUGCUGACUAUGUACCUAAUAGUGUAGUUGGAUCAAAAGCUGUUCAAAGGCCUAGAGAGGGAAAUGCUCAUCACCAACGAACGUCCUCUGAGACAUUUCUCAUGGAGGAGCAACCUUCUUGGCUUGAUGAUCUCCUUAAUGAGCCUGAGACACCUGUUCGUAGAGGUGGUCAUAGGCGUUCCUCCAGUGACUCCUUUGCAUAUAUAGAUGUAGCUAAUGCUUCUAACAUAGAGUAUGCAGCACAAGAUGAGUAUAGACAGAAAAAUAUUAUGUCAAUACCUUCUUGGGGAUCUCAAGACUUUGAUUAUCACAAAGAUGCUCGACAAACCUCUAUUUAUGCUGAUGUGAACAUGACAAAACAGAAAAAUAGGGCUCGGGAUUCAUCUUUGAAUUCUGCUACACGUCUCAGUGGGCUUCCUUCUGCAAGGGAGAAUGCUGUUUCACAGAUGGGAUCAUCAUGUGUUCAACAGGAAUCAGAUGGGUUCCAAUCUUCAGUGAAUGAAAAACAAGAUUCAGCUGAUUCUUUUCCUCAUGAUUCAAAAACUUCAUCUGAAAAAAAGGACGCUUCUCAUGCCAAGUCUUCAGCAUCGGAGACUGAUACAAAACGUGCUAAACAGCAAUUUGCUCAACGUUCUCGUGUCCGGAAACUUCAGUACAUAGCUGAGCUGGAAAGGAAUGUACAAGCCUUACAGGCAGAAGGAUCUGAAGUUUCAGCUGAGGUUGAAUUUCUCAACCAGCAGAAUCUUAUUUUGAGCAUGGAGAAUAAAGCCCUUAAGCAACGUUUAGAAAGCAUAGCUCAGGAGCAGCUUAUCAAAUACUUGGAGCAUGAAGUCUUGGAGAGGGAGAUUGGGAGA